UUUGCCCCCCUCCCAAACAAACAUUGCCGCCAAGAUGGCAGUGCCAGCUCUGGCAGGCGCGCCUGUCCUCUCGACGCCUGACACACACAUCUUCGAAGAGCCGACGCCUGCCGUCGACAGCCCGGGCGUGCCGCGACUGCCCGACGAACAGAUUGCGAUCACGUACGAGAUUGAGCGCACAGUGAAGGAGAUACGAGAUGGAAGGUGGAACAGGAUCGCGCUGCAGUUUCCGGAUCACAUGCUCGCGGAUGCGCCAAGGGUAUUCGAGCAGCUGAGUCGCGGACUGGCGAAGGCGAAGAAGGCGCAAACUGGAGGUGCAGGUGCGAUUGAGGGCCAGCAGAAUGGGACGGCGGCUGUUGGUGCGCUGCGCGAGAAGCUGGAGACGAACGCGGGCUUGGAGGAGAACAAAGAGGAGGAAGCGAGGCUCUUCAUUCUUGGCGACACGUCCUACGGCGCAUGCUGUGUCGAUGAGGUGGCAGCUGAGCACGUCGAUGCAGACUGCGUGGUGCACUAUGGACGGUCAUGUCUCUCGCCAGCUUCAAGACUGCCCGUCGUAUACGUCUUCACCGAACGACCGCUCGACCUCGAACAGACCAUGACGACGUUUCAAUCCACGUAUCCCGACAAGUCGCACAAAGUCAUCCUGAUGGCCGACAUACCGUACUCGCACCACAUCCCAGCCCUGCACAAGCGCCUCGAGGAAGCAGGCUACACCUCUCUCUUCCCCACAUCCGUCGUCCACAACCCCUCCUCGCCCCUCCCAAACCGCACAACCCCACCGGACACAUCCAAUGACAAGAGCGCCCUGCUCGACUGGGCCCUCUUCCACAUCUCCGCGCCCCCGACCUCCCUCCUCCUCACCCUCUCCUCCCGCGUAGCUUCAACGCACAUAUAUCCUACUACACCGAGUGCAGCGGCAACAGCACCAACCGCCGAAGCCGCAAAUACGCGCAUGACCCUGCGUCGGCGGUACGCGCUGUGCACCUCGCUCUCCACAACCCCCGUCUUCGGGAUCCUGAUCAACACGCUGAGUGUGAAGAACUACAUGAGCAUCCUGUCGCACGUGCAGAAGACGAUUGCCGCCGCGGGGAAGAAAUCCUACACGUUUGUCGUGGGGAAGGUGAACGCAGCGAAAGUCGCGAAUUUCAGCGAGGUCGGGGGGUGGGUGGUUAUUGGGUGUUGGGAGUCGUCUCUUAUCGAGUCGAAAGAUUUCUGGCGACCGCUGAUCACGCCGUUUGAGUUGGAGAUUGCGUUGCAAGACGAUACCAACAGAGUCUGGACGGGCGAGUGGAGCGGUGACUUCACUGCGAUUCUGGACGAUGCGAAGGCGAGAGAACAGAAGGCCGAGGAGAAGGCGAGAGAACAGAGGGCCGAGGAGAAGACGACGGCGACGACGACGACGAACGGCACAAACAGGACCAAUGAGCAGGAAGCCACCGAAGACCUGAACCGCGACGGCGACUACGACUCCGAAGAAGAAUCCGCGCCCCCGGAAUUCGACCUUAGAACCGGCCGCUACGUUUCGCACAGCAGACCCAUGCAACAGCCCACCUCCACCCGGAGAUCCGUCCAGCCAUCUUCUUCCGACGAUGCGACGGGGUCUGCACCAGCAUCGAACGCGCUGACGAAACGUGCAAACGGUGCACUGGCGUCUGUGAACGGCGUAGUGUCGCCCGGUGCAGAGUUUUUGAGGAGUAAGAGGACGUGGGUCGGUCUGGGGAGCGACUACAACAACCCUGAGAGCGAGGAGAGUGGUAGUGGUAGUGGUAGCGGUAGCGGGAGUGCACAUGCGGCGAAGAUGGAGGAGGGGAGGAGUGGGAUAGCGCGAGGGUAUCGUGUGGGCGACGACGCGCAGAAGCAUUAGCAUCAGCGAGCGUACUUUGCAGCGAAUGUGAUACCAGUUA